AUGCAGAUCGGGCUGGUCAACUGGACGGGGGGGUACCUGACCGGUGAAUGCUACGGUGAUGGCGUCAGUGUCUUGGGGAACUCGUUGGGGAAGAAGCAGACCUGGGAGCUGAAGGUCGCCACGAAGCACGGGAAGCAGAUGGUGGUGGCGCUGGUUGGGCACCAAGGACGGCACCUUCUGGUGGAUAUCGAUGGCACCGUUCGGUGUGGGCAGCCAGUGUCAAACAAGCAGAGCCAGUUUCUGCUGGAGGUGCAUCCAAGCGGGGCAUGGACCCUCCAGCAGCUGGAGAACAAGAGGUAUUUGGAGUCGGAUGGAGAGGACGUCUUCUGUGUCACGCACAACCUGACUUCCCAUCACAUGUGGAUGCCCCAACUGGCCAUGCACGUCCACGUGGUCCUGUUCAACCCGAGCAGCCAGCUCUACGCUCGGACAGAUCCGGAGCUGAACCGGGUCUGGGUGGACACCCCUGUGGCUUACCCUGAGGAGUGCGGCUUCAUCCUGAGGUUCAGGAACGGGGUCUGCCACUUGGAGACCUCCAACCACAAGUUCGUCUCUAGAUUAGAGAAACUGGCCAAGAAGGCCUCCGCGGAGACGGCCUUCCACCUGAACCUCAGGCCCGGCUGCUUGGUGUGCCUCACGGACCGGGACGGGCGCGUCUUGUACCCCCGGGGCAGCCGCAGGCUCCUGUGCCUUGGCGAGAGCCCCGAGGACAACGAGGAGUGGUUCGUCAUCAAGAGGUGUCCGCAGUGGGUCAGCCUGAAAACCUGGGCAAAGAGAUACAUGAGCGUCCUUUGCGACGCUGAAGUGUAUGCCGGCUCCAAAAAGAUCACCCCGAUGUCCACGUUCCUCUUUGAAGCUGACGCAGAUACCAAAACGGUGCAGCUGAAAGAUGUUCGGCACAAAUACCUGGCUCAGAGGCAAUUCAAGAGCGUGAUGGCCAAUGGUUACCGCGAAGAGCCGGAGACCAAGUUCCACGUCCUGUGGCAUUAUGGGAAGAUCUUCCUGAGAGCUCUCAAUGGCCGCUUCGUGGGCAUCUUGCCAGUGGGACUGGUGGCGGCCCGCGCGGCGCACCCAGGGCCCAGCGAGGAGCUCGAGCUGCGCCUGGCAAACCGCCCCUUCCUGGUGCUGCGGGGCCGGCACGGCUACGUGGGGAGCCCCGUGGGCCGGGAGGCCCUGCACGGUGACCUCCUGGAGCCCGACUGCGUGGAGCUGCUGCCCUGCAAGCGUGGCGUCUACCAUUUCCGAAGCCAUGGCAAGAGCUUCUGGUCUCUGACUCCCGAGAGGACCGUCGAGGCGUGGGGGAAGGUGGCCCUGAACUUCUGCCUGGAGAUCCGAGGGAACAACCUGAUGGCCAUCCUGGCGCCCAAUGGGUACUACCUGCGCGGGGACCGGGAGGGGCCCCUUGUGGCCGACGGCGAGGAGGUGACCAGCGAGUGCCUCUGGGAGUUCUAG